AUGUCUGCCAAACUCUUUUUUGCUCGUCAAAAUUUGUUUUUUUCCUUUGCCUUCCUGAAAGUUUUCUUUCUUUUUAGCUUGCUCUCUUCUUUCUCUCUCUCUCUCUGCUUUCUUUCUCUCUUUGUCUCACUCUUGCUGUUCCUCUUUUCUUUAUCUUUCUCUCUUUCUCUCUUUUCUUUGUCUCUCUCUUCUUUGUCUUUCUCUCUUUUCUUUGUCUUUCUCUCUUUUCUUUGUCUUUCUCUCUUUUCUUUGUCUCUCUCUUUUCUUUGUCUCUCUCUUCUUUGUCUUUCUCUCUUUUCUUUGUCUUUCUCUCUCUCAUCUCUCUCUCUCGUCUCUUUCUCUCUUUUCUUUAUCUCUCUCUCUCGUCUCUUUCUCUCUUUUCUUUAUCUCUCUCUCUCGUCUCUUUCUCUCUUUUCUUUCUCUUUCUUUCUCUCUUGUCUCUUUCUCUCUCUCUCGUGUCUUUCUCUCUUUCUCUCUUCUCUGUCUCUUUCUCUCUUCUCUCUCUCUUUCUCUCUUCUCUGUCUCUUUCUCUCUUUCUCUCUGUCUCUUUCUCUCUUUCUCUCUUCUAUCUGUCUCUUUCUCUCUUCUAUCUGUCUCUUUCUCUCUUCUCUUUGUCUCUUUCUCUCUUCUCUUUGUCUCUUUCUCUCUUCUCUUUGUCUCUUUCUCUCUUCUCUUUGUCUCUUUCUCUCUUCUCUUUGUCUCUUUCUCUCUUCUCUUUGUCUCUUUCUCUUUUUUGCUGUCUCUAUUUCGCACUCCUUUGUCUCUCUCUUCGUUGUCUCUCUGUCAUUUGUCUAUCUUUCUCUAUCUUUCAUCACUUUCUCUUUCAUCUUUCUUUCUCCCUUUUUCGUUUAUCUUUUUCUCUCUCUUUCUCUCCUUCUCUUUUUCACUUUCCUUCAUUUUGUCUCUCUCUCUCUCUCCCCUACGUCUUUCUUUCUCUCCCUCUCUCUCCCCUACGUCUUUCUUUCUCUCUCCCUCUCUCUCCCCUACGUCUUUCUUUCUCUCUCCCUCUCUCUCCCCUACGUCUUUCUUUCUCUCUCUCUCUCUCCCCUACGUCUUUCUUUCUCUCUCUCUCUCUCCCCUACAUCUUUCUUUCUCUCCCUCUCUCUCCCCUACAUCUUUCUUUCUCUCUCUCUCUCUCUCCCCUACCUUUCUUUCUUUCUCUCUCUCUCUCUCUCUCCCCUACAUCUUUCUCUCUCUCUCUCUCCCCUACAUCUUUCUCUCUCUCUCUCUCCCCCCCGUCUUUCUCUCUCUCUCUCUCCCCCUACGUCUUUCUCUCUCUCUCUCUCUCCCCUACGUCUUUUCUCUCUCUCUCUCCCCUACGUCUUUCUCUCUCUCUCUCUCCCCUACGUCUUUCUCUCUCUCUCUCCCCUACGUCUUUCUUUCUUUCUCUCUCUCCCCUACGUCUUUCUCUCUCUCUCUCUCUCCCCUACGUCUUUCUUUCUCUCUCUCUCCCCUACAUCUUUCUCUCUCUCUCUCUCUCUCUCUCUCCCCUACGUCUUUCUUUCUCUCUCUCUCCCCUACGUCUUUCUUUCUCUCUCUCUCUCUCUCUCUGUUCAAAAAAUCUUUUGUAUUCUGUUGUUUUUCUUUUUUGACAUUAUUUUUUUCUUGGAAGGGUGCUAA